GACAGGUGGACGGGCCACCUGCAGAGUGCAGAUUACGUUUUGAGACUGUGUAUAAAGGCGUUGCUAGGGGCAACGGAAAAUUUUGUUGGCAAGCGGCUGACAUUUCGGCAGAGGACUGUGCUGUGUUUGCAAGGUUUGAAGUGUUGCAAGAUGGAUGUCCUGAUAAGUGCUUUGUUGCAGACGGCUGCAGCGCAGGAGGAAGCAAGCUUUGCAGAGUUUGAGAAGAUUGCUAUGCAUGAGGCAUGGCCCAAGACACACUGGGGAAACUUGGUGUAUGGAUUCAUUGGAGGAGAUGCCCAAAAAGUUCAUUGUGAACUGGAUCCAAAGAUCUUACGGGACUAUGAGAAAGUCAAGACAGAGAUCCUGACUCAAGUGGGAAUAAGCCGCGCUGCAAGACUACAGUGUGCACUGCAGCCUAACAGUGAUGCUGGGUUUAAAGUUGCAGAGCUACUUAAAGAGCAAGUGGAGCGAUGUUCUGCAGCAGAGAAGCUGGUGAGAGGUGUCCAGCACCAGCCCUUAACCGAUUGGACGGCAAGAGAUUCUGAAAUGCAGCAGAAAGUAAGUAGACUGACUCCAGAGGCCGAGCUGGCAAGAAGAUGUCUACAACUGAGUGAGGAACCUAGUCUGCCCGAGAACUUGGACCAUGCCACCUACGAAUGGAAAGACUUCCAUUUGGCUUCCUGGAAUGGGAACACUCGUCUUGUAAAACAGCUCCUACAACAAGGAGAAAAGAUUGAUGACAGGGAUGAGCUUGGCUGGACGCCUCUCCACUGUGCGGCUUCCAAUGGUCACUUAUCUACAGCAAAGCUCUUGAUCCAGAGAGGAGCUUCAGUGAAUGCACAGGAUGCUUCGGGUUGUACCCCUCUUCAUCAUGCAGCAUGGAGUGGCCAUACCCACUUGUCUGAGAUGCUGCUAAACCGUGGCUCCAGUGCCAUAGCCCCUACAAUAGGAGGUCUAACAGGUUUACAUUUAGCAGCAGCCAAUGGCCAUACACUUAUUGUACAGUUAUUGCUAAAGAAAAAUAUAGACCCAUGUAUUGGUGACAGCAACAAGUGGAGUCCAUUACACUGGGCAACCGUAAGCAAUCACGUCCAUAUCAUGGAACUUUUGAGUGAACGCAAAGUCUCUCUUGAGCUGGAGGCCUCUGGGAAUCUAACCCCUUUGCAUGUUGCAGCUGAGACUGGAAAAGUGGAGGCCUUGGACUACCUCUUGGAAAAGGGAGUUGAUGUGAAUGUCCAAGACAUGCUUGGCAGAACAGCAUUAGCAAUUGCAGCCAGUAAUGGAAACUUAGAGGUCGUUCAGUCACUUUUGAGUAACCAAGCUCAGUUGAACAUUGCGGACAAUCAUGGACGCACCGCGCUACACAAAGCUGCGGCAGCCGGGCAUCUCAAUGUUGUACAGUUACUUGUCCAGAACGGGGCCUCAUUGAAUAUAAAGGACAGCCUGUGCCUAACACCAAUGCAGAGAGCAGCCAUGAUGGGACACAGUCAAGUCUCUACAUAUCUGCACGGAGCUCUACCCACAGUUCACAAUGUACUUUAACCCUGUAAUACUGU